AAGCCAUCACCAUUCCACAUAUAAUUCUUGUCCAAUAUCAACAAGUAUUAAGAAAAUAAAAAUAAUAAUUGGUUUUAAAAAAUGAAAUCGCCAAAUGGAAAAAUUGUAUUAUUUUUUGUUGUCAUCUUGGGAUGUACAUAUAUCAGUGAUGCAGGCAGAGCUAGACGACAAGCAACAACAUCCUCCAGUAUGAGUGCCAGCUCACUUACUACAGCUGCAUCUCCAACAUCUUCACCGAUGUCUGCUCAAACUACUCCAGCCUCUGUAUCAUCAGGUUCCACCAGUUCGUCUAUGUCAUCUGGUGGUGCCAGUUCAUCUAGCCCAUCUAUGUCAUCUGACCCAUCUAGCUCUUCAGGUUCAUCUAGCCCAUCUAUGUCCUCUAGUGGUGCUGGUUCAUCUAGCCCAUCUAUGUCAUCUGACCCAUCAAGCUCAUCUAGCUCUUCAGGUUCAUCUGACCCAUCUAUGUCCUCUGGUGGUGCUGGUUCAUCAAGCCCAUCUAUGUCUUCUGGUGGUGCUGGUUCAUCUAGCCCAAGUAUGUCAUCUGACCCAUCUAUGUCCUCUGGUGGUGUUGGUUCAUCAAGCCCAUCUAUGUCUUCUGGUGGUGCUGGUUCAUCUAGCCCAAGUAUGUCAUCUGACCCAUCUAUGUCAUCUGGUGGUGCUGGUUCAUCAAGCUCAUCUAGCUCUUCAGGUUCAUCUGGAAGUUCCAGUAGUUCUGGUGGAAGUGGGAUGUUUACAUAUAUGGGUGAAAUUACAGAUAUGGUACCAUUAGGUUUUCUUCUUUCACCAGUAUUUUAUGGUAUCGGAUACAUGUUUGGUGCACUUGCCUCUAUGCUGAGUUGAAGAUAUUGUUCGACAUUAAUAAAAGUUUAUUGUCCAUAUUAUGUAUAAUAAAAUUCUAAUAUUAAGAGAACAAUGUAUCCAGAUAUAUGUAUAAAAUAAAUAUUUUUGUCGAUAAUACAAUAAAAA